AUGACCAAGUCCACAUUAGACAAUGGCGACGUCUACUAUCACGUAGAAACCCCUCGGUCCGCUCCAAAGCACAAGCUUUUUACGCACAGCAGAUUUACCAGCUUUGAAAUUUCGAAAAAGUUCUGUUCAUUCAAACUUUCAAAGUUCAAAUUCCUGCAAUUGUAUCGCUUUGCAUCAUCACUGGACAAAUUUCUUCUGGUUAUCGGGAUUAUCACUGUGGGGAUCAAUGGUGCGCUUUUACCACUGAUGGCUAUCGUUUUUGGAAAUGUACUCACUGGAUUUAGCCACAUUCCUGUGAAAAUGGAUACAGUGAAUCAGGCAGCGCUAGACUAUCUUCUUAUUGCAAUUGGCAUGUUCUUUACAGACUAUCUGAGCUAUUUAACUUUCUAUUACACUGCCGAGAGGCAAAUGAAGGCUCUGCGAGGUGAAGCAUUCAAGCGGAUGCUAUAUCUAGAUAUAACUUGGUACGACAAAAAUGACGCUCUUCGACUCACCAGUCGUUUGACCGGAGAUACUAUCAAGAUCAAGGAUGGAAUGGGGCAGAAACUGGGCGAUUCAAUUCGGUUCAUUGUUCAAUUUGGUGUGGGUUUUCUCGUUGGAUUCUAUAGGGGAUGGGAUAUCACCCUAGUCAUGGCUUGUGUCGUGCCUUUUAUGGCUUUGUCGCUCGGUUGGUUAGUCCAGACAUUGCGGGUUAAGUCAGGAUGGGCACAAAAGGUUUAUGCAGAAGCAGGUUCAGUAGCUGAGGAGACGCUAGGGUCGAUUCGGACGGUAGCUUCACUUAAUGGUGAGCAAAAAGCUAUCAAAAAGUUCGAGGACAAAGUGUUACGAGCUCAAAGAAAGAAUAUUGCACUACAUAAAAUGUCGUCAAUGAUGAUCUCCUUAUUCGUUGGAAGCGUUUGGGUUAUGUACGCUGUUGGAUUGUGGUAUGGUGGCUGGAAAGUAUCGAAAGGCGACACGACACCAGGGGAUGUCUUUGCUGUUUUUUUCGGUGUCAUGAUGGGAACGAGCGCUUUGGCACAGAUUUCGCCCAACUUGACAGCUGUAUCGACGGCUGUCGGUGCGGCCGAAGAAUUGUUUGCCAUUCUGGACACGACAAGUGCAAUUGAUGCGGAAAAGGAAGACAACGGUAUUAUUCCGGAAGGUUGCGAGGGUAGAAUUGAGGCAAAAAACGUCAACUUUACCUACCCAAGUCGUCCUGAUGCACAGAUUCUGCGCGAUUACAAUCUCACAAUCGAAUCUGGUCAAAUGGUAGCAUUUGUGGGUGCCAGUGGAGGAGGCAAGAGUACGUUGACUGCCUUGAUCGAGAGAUUCUAUGAUCCCAUUAGUGGCUCGAUCUACCUCGAUGGUCGAGAUAUCAAGACUCUGAAUGUAAGAUGGCUACGCUCGCAGAUUAGUUUGGUCUCACAAGAGCCAAUACUAUUUGCAACAACAAUAUUUGACAACAUUACUAUAGGAAGCGACAAUGUGACUUUAAAUGAAGCAAUGGAGGCAUGUAAGCAGUCAAAUGCCCACAACUUCAUCAUGUCUUUGCCAGACCAGUACAAUACGUUUGUAGGAGAAAAGGGGGUAUCGCUUUCUGGGGGUCAAAAACAACGCAUUGCGAUUGCUCGUGCCAUCGUACGAAAGCCGAGAAUUUUGAUCCUUGAUGAAGCUACCAGUGCUUUGGAUAAUGCAAGCGAGAAAGUCGUUCAAAUGGCAUUAAAUGAUUUAAUUGCCACUACGAACAUGACGACGUUGAUCAUUGCCCAUCGACUAAGUACAAUUCGAUGUGCCAACAAGAUUGUGGUUUUGAACGAGGGCUGCAUUGUUGAAAGCGGUACUCACGAUCAACUAUUACAGAUUGAGCACGGCGUGUAUCAGAAGAUGUACCAUCUUCAGAAGUUGCGUUUACUUGGAGAAGAACAAGAAGUAUUGAAUAGUGAAGCAGGAACCAUUGGGAAGCUACCUCGAACAUUGAGUGGUGUUUCAGCCAAUACGGAUAUUUUGAAGGAUGGUAUUGAGAAGAAUAUUGUUAACAAAACGCCGUUUACUUUAAUGGAUAUUGCUCGGCUUUGUACGUUUGAAACGAAGUACUUUACACUUGGAACGAUUGGAGCAUGUGUCGGUGGUUUCGCAAUGCCAAUAUCUGCGCUGCUGGUGACGGGUAUGAUGACGUCUUUAAAGAACAAAUACACACUGUACCAGGACACCGGUGAUGAAGUCAAUCUCAGCAAGUUAAGUCAAGAAGUAAAGGUCUACAGCAUGUUCUACCUCAUAGGUGCAAUUGUGGUCAUCAUCUUUAAGUUUAUGCAAACGUACUGUUUCAAGCUCAUUGGGGAAUAUACGUCUACGCGGCUUCGCCUCACAAAUUUUGAAAGUCUUUGCCGUCAAAAUAUUGGUUUCUUUGACGAAAAGAAAAAUGCAGUAGGUGCGUUAACUGCUGGCCUUGCGAUAAAUGCCACCAAGGUGGCUAUGUUGUGCGGUGAAUCGCAAGCCCGUGUUUUUCAAGCUAUCUUUACAUUGGUUGCUGUUUUGGUGAUUUCAUUCAGCUUUGGCAGCUGGUUGUUGUCUUUGAUCAUGCUGGUUGUUCUUCCACUCUUGCUUUUCGGGCACACGAUACGCAUGAAGCGAACGAUAAGUGGUAGUCUACUCUCCGAUGACUUAUCUCUUGCUAGUGCCCAUGCAUCUGAAGCUCUCAGCAAUAUUCGUACAGUUGCUUCUCUUGGUAUUGAAAGGAAGUGUUGUCAAAUUUUCAACACAUUAUUGGAAGACCCGCUACGAAAGGGUAGCAUAGAGGCACAUAUUAAUGGUGCAUCACUUGGCUUUAGCUCAUCUAUUAUGAUGGCGACAUACUCGCUAGUCUUUUGGGUUGGCGCGAAGAUGGUCGACAAUGGUUCAAUUACUUUUACUGAAAUGAUGCGUACUUUAAUGUCCUUUAUGAUGUCAAUUCAAGUUGUCAGUGGCGCUUCGACAUUUAUGAACGACUUACCUAAAGCAUUGGCGGCAGGAUCGACAAUUUUCUCAAUUCGUGAUCGUACCGCUCCAAUUGAUUCGUUUAGUCCUGAUGGACUUCAAUUAGCAAAAGUCAAAGGUCAACUGGAGCUUAAAGACAUUUCCUUCCGGUACCCGAAUCGUCCGGAGAUCAGCGUACUCAGACAUUGCAGUGUCACUAUUAAGCCUGGUCAGACUGUAGCGUUCUGUGGACUCAGUGGUAGUGGCAAAAGUACCAUCGUUUCUAUUAUCGAGCGCUUCUAUGACCCUGUAAUGGGUGAAGUCCUGCUAGACGGCCACAACAUCAAGUCUUUAAAUUUGCAAUGGCUACGCAAUCAGAUUGGUCUGGUUGGUCAAGAGCCGACACUUUUCAAUGGGUCCAUUGCUGACAAUAUUGCUUAUGGCUUAGCAAAGCAGCCGUGUCAGCAGGAGAUAGAGGAAGCUGCCAAGAUGGCCAACGCCCAUGAUUUUAUCAGGCAAUUUCCAGAUGGUUACAACACUCAAGUGGGCAUGAAGGGGGAGCAGCUCUCGGGUGGUCAAAAGCAGCGCAUUGCUAUUGCUCGAGCUGUUCUUAGAAAUCCAAGCAUUCUGGUGCUGGAUGAAGCUACAAGUGCGUUGGAUUCGGAAAGUGAAAAGGUGGUACAGGAAGCUCUGGAUAAAGUGGUGGCGCAAACUCAUCGAACAACUAUUGUUAUUGCUCAUCGGCUGUUUACAAUACGCCAUGCUGACAUGAUUUGUGUCAUGAGUAGCGGCAGAAUCGCGGAGAAAGGUACACAUCACGAGUUGAUGCAAAUAAAUGGUAUCUACACUAGCCUCGUGAUGUCAUCAUCCAUGUAG